AUGGCGGGGGAUAUUGUGGUGGGGAUUCUCUAUAACUUAGUGUUACCUCUUCUUCUGCUUGCAGGAAAAACAGGGAAGUUCCUGCAGCUCAUCUGUUCCACCAGCGUGACGUUUCUGGCUCUCCAGUGUUUCAUGCAGAUCACUUUUGCCUACGUACCUCAGAACGAGAACGAAUAUUGGGAAAAUGUUCUCUACCAUUUGGGCAUUGUACGGUUCAGUUUGGUGGAUGCAGGGAACACUUUGCGUCUCUUAGCCCCUGAUCUGGGGCUCUUCCUGUCUGGGCUCAUCAUACUCUGCCUGGUCAGGAAGCUGCUGUGCUCCGCGCCACAACUUAAUGUCCACGAGAACUGCAUCAAACCCUCUGACCCUGAGGAUGUGGAGAUGUCCGACUCAGAGUCUGAAGUGGAAAGUGAUGUCACAGAUGGCUUGUCCUGUGACAGCUCAGACGAAAUCACAGCGGCGCCGGUAACCCCUCAGUUUGUCCAGAAGUUCAUUGCAUUUGCCCUUGGACUGCGCCUCUUGCUGUCCGCCAUCAUGAACACAGCAGGGAAAGUAGUGGUCACCGUACUACUGGGGCUGGCAGGCAUCGCCCUACCCUCCCUGACUUCGGCAGUGUAUUUCGGGACGUUCCUAGGCCUGGUGUGGUGGUGGGUGUUUCUCCGCUCCCUCAGCCUGCUGUUUUUCAGUACCCUCUGUGUGAUGAUGGCUAUAUUCAGCGCUGGUCACCUGCUGAGCCUCUACCUGUACCAGCUGCCUCUGGCCCAACAGAUCGUACCCCCACAGGACAUCUACGCCAGGCUGUUUGGUAUGACAGCGUUCAUCCGGACCAAUGAGACUGAGCCAUACAGUCUGGGUCUGCAGGCAGAUGUCAGCUGGCCUGUCUUCAUCAACCCCAUGGUGCUGCUGCUCCUCUAUUACACAAUGGUGUCUUUGCUGCACAAGUGGGUCUACGUCACUGAAGAAGAGGAUACUCUGGUGAAGUCUGAGAGUCCAGUAGAAAUCCCUGAGUAUCCCCCCAGCUUCUCCAAGAUCUUAUUCAUCUCAGGAGACCGACUGGAGCUACUGACCAGUACGGAUGAGGAAACUUACAUGCCAGAUGAGGAGGUGCAGGAGGGGAGGAGUGAGGUGUCUAUGAGCGAGGAAGAGAAUGGCCCCAGUGGACUGGCUGUGUUUGGCCUGUUCAUCAUGAAGCACAGCUACAUCAGCGCACUCAUCAUCAUGAUGGUGUGGAGCAUCACCUAUAACAGCUGGCUGACGUUCGCCCUGCUGGUGUGGUCGUGUGUGAUCUGGAUGAUGCGUGACCGUCGGCGCUACGCCAUGAUGAGCGCUCCCUUCCUGGCGGUGUACGGCACCUUGCUGUUGCUGCUCGCCUUCCUGAGCGGCCUGAGGCUGCGGCGAGAUGAGCUGUACCCUGGCCUGCCACAUGCCGUGCUGGUGGACUUUGACAUGGCCAUCUACCCAGCACCCUGCAUCCACCUGGGAGGCAAGGUGUUGUACACCUUCAGCUUUUGGCUGCUGUUCCGCCAACAACAGAAGGAGAAACAGGAAGAGCAGGAUCUCAAGGAGUCUGACGAGUCUCUGGAGGAAGUGAAAGUACUCCCACCGGAUGAAGGGGAAACCUCUCCCAUAAUGGAGGUGCUGGGUUCAGCGGUCAAAGGAACCCUGGUGAAGUACUGGAUCCUGUUCUGCUGCUACAUGUUCUUUGUGGUCAGCUUCUCUGGGAAGGUGAUGGUCUACAAGAUCCUCUACAUCAUGCUGUUCCUCUUCUGUGUCGUCCUCUACCAGAUCCGUUGUGACGUGUGGAGGCGAGUGCUGAAGUACUUCUGGGCGGUGGUGGUGGGCUACUCCAUGGUGGUCCUGAUUGCCAUCUACAUGUACCAGUUCAAGACCAUUUCUGGCCUGUUCAGACAGAUCAUGGGCAUGUCUGAGGAAGGUCUGCGUGAUCUCGGGUUGGAGCAAUAUGAUACUGUGGAGCUGUUUGCUCGGAUCCUCCUCCCUGCAACCUUCCUAUUGGCCUGCAUCCUGCAGCUUCACUACUUCAACCAGGACUUCCUGGAUCUCACCAACCUGGACAACGUACCUGUCCACCAUGGACCAACCAGAGAGGAGGAGCUGAGGAACUCAGUCAAUGUGAUAGCUGACAUGAUGGCGAAGGAGCAGAGUGAGCAGACGAGUGGGGAGUCAGAACGUGUGGGGAGUCAGGACACGUUGGAGAAUGAUGGACUGUCUGCCUCAUCAGAGAAACCUGAGGAGGAGCAAGAGGGGACAGUUCCCCCAGAGGAGCGUCUGACCCAGUGGGGGUUGAUAGUGGACCGGGCCAGCCUGCUGCUGUUCCAGGCUCUGGCUAUCUUCCAGCGGGCUCAGGAGAUGGGCUGGAGGCUGCUGGAGGUUCACAGCCUCAAGAUUGUUUCCACUGGCAUCAUCUGGGUGUCCCUACAAGAGGUGUCCCUGAUGAACUUCAUGUUCCUGGUUCUGUGGACCUUCGCCCUGCCCUUCCCCCGGCUCCGCCCCAUCGCCUCCAGUGUGUCCUCGGUCUGGGCCUGUGUCAUGGUGGUGUGUAAGAUGCUGUACCAGCUCAAGGUCAUCAAACCUUUGGAGUACUCCUCCAACUGCACUGCUAGCCUUGUGUCAGCUAAUGGGACAGGGCUGGAGGGGAACAUGGCAGAGCUGCUGAGGAGGUCUGUGCUGUAUGUGAAGCCUGUUGACCCAGCCAUAUGGUGUGGAGCACUGCGCAAGUGUGAAGACAGGAUCCUGCCCUGUCUCAGCAACCACCUGAUGGUGCUGGGGCUGCUGGUGUUUGAGGUGACGGUCUCUAGACACCAGCUCUACUACCGCCUUCACAACAACCUCAAGGUCCCCACCUUCAGCAUUAUCUUCCAGGGCAUCACACGCCAGCACCUGGACCAUGGCAUCCUGCCCUGCAUCAAAUACUUCAUCAACUACUUCUUCUACAAAUUUGGCCUGGAGGUGUGCUUUGUGGUGGCGGUGAAUGUGAUUGGCCAGCGGAUGGAUUUCUACUCGCUGCUGCACUCCUGUGCUCUGAUGGCCGUUCUGUCACGACGACGCAGGAAGGCCAUGGGGGAAGUGUGGCCUAAGUACUGCUGCUUCACUGCAAGCCUCAUGGUGCUGCAGUACCUGCUCUGUAUCGGCAUCCCUCCCGCUCUCUGUGUCGAUUAUCCAUGGAGGACCUCCAGUCAGGCUUUGACCUCCAACCUCAUCAAGUGGCUUUACCUGCCUGACUUUGCCAUGCGUCCCGCCCCUUCCUUCAUCCUCUACGACCACCUCCUGCUGCUGUGCUCCACGCUGCAGUGGCAGGUGUUUGAGGAGGAGAACCGGGCCGCCGUGCGCCUCAUGGCAGGGGAGAACGUAGAGAUCAGCCGCAGCCUGGACCCGCGUUCCUUCAACCAGUACAUUCCCGUCAACAACUUCCUCCAAUGCAGGUCCUACCUGGACAUCGUCAAGGUUUUUGUGUUCAGCUACUUCUUCUGGCUAGUGCUGUGCCUCAUCUUCAUCACAGGCACCACCCGCAUUAACAUCUUCUGCCUCGGCUACCUGCUAGCCUGCUUCUACUUCAUGCUGUUUGGGGGAAGCCUGCUAAUGAAGCCCGUACGAAACAUCCUCAGGCUCUGGGACUGCCUCAUCGGAUACACUUGCUUCGUCAUUGGCAUGAAGAACCUGCUAUCUCUUGGCUCGUGUGCUUAUCUGGACAGCCUGUUGAAGAAUGGCUGCUGGCUCAUUCAGGCCUUCAGCAUGGUCUGUACAGUCAAAGGCUAUGAUGUCUCUGCUCCUGAUGAUGAGUGUGAGCUGCCGGAGGGGGAGGCGGGCAUUGUGUGGGAUGCGAUCUGCUUCACCGUGCUCUUGGCUCAGAGAAGGGUUUUCCUCAGCUACUACUUCCUGUAUGUGGUGUCUGACCUCAGGGCCUCCAAGAUCCUGGCCUCCAGGGGUGCUGAGCUCUUUGAAGCCAAGGUGAAGAAACUGGUUGCUGCCAGACUGGAGAUGGAGAGGAAGUCUGUGGCGACGCUGAAGAAGCAGAUGGAGAAGAUCAAAUCCAAACAUAAGAGUAAGCCUGGCCAGGGAGACGCAGCAACGCCCCCUGCUGAUAUCGUGCCAAAGGUUGAGAACAACUGUGGCUACCAUCUUUUUGAGAGUGACAGUGAAGAGGAAGAGGAGGAAGUCCAGGAAAAGAAAGAGGAAGAGGCUCCACUAAAGAAGAAAUCUGCUUUUCAGAUAGCCUAUGAGGCAUGGGCCACAAGCUCCAAAGCAGCCCUGGAUUUGCACAAAAAAGAAGAGAACAAGAUGAAAAAUGAGGAGAAGAGGAGGGCAAAGAGAGAGCUGCAAAGACAGCAAGGCAUUGAGAGAGCCGAGUCUCAGGAGUUGGACGAGUUGGAGGUGGAAGAGAGCGAUGAAGAGGAGGAGAAAGAAAAUAUAUUUCAGAGGAUCAUCUACUCACUCAAGUUUUUAUGGGUGUUUAUCCUGUCCCUUUUGGAUGACGUCACUGAGGGCCUUAACUCUUUCUGCAAAGAUAACCAGGACAUCACCAAAGUGCUGCGCUUUGAGAGGGCUCUUCUAGGCCAGCAACAGAAAAAGGGGAAAGAAGUGUCACAGGAGAGCGUGACGCGCUUCUAUGAGAACUGGAUGUCUAGGCAGAACACUCUGGCCUCGCUGGAAGACCAAGAUGACAUAGUUCUCCCCAUCUCCUCCCCACCACUUGUACCCUCAUCACCGCGAGGUUACUCAAAGCUGAAACACGGCCAUUCCAAAAUCUCCUGGGGUAGCAGCUUGUCCAGCUGCGUGACGGAUGAGACCCUGCUGGGGUCUCGACAGCCCACUCUGGAUGAGCUGGAUGAUCCUCCUCUACUCCAGCCAACUGCCGAGCAACUCAGACGGAAACUACUGAAAACUGCCAACCUGGACCUUGGCUCAUUUGACAGCGAAGUCCCUCCACCAAGCAGCCACGAUGAUACUGCUCCUGAUAAGGAGGACAGUGAAGGAGAGGAUGCACGCAGAAAGGAGGGGGAGUAUACAGCGGAGGAGGAGUAUAGAAUGGAGGAGGAGGAAUGGAGGGAGGAAGAAGAGGAAGAGAGGGAACAAGCUGUGAUGUUUUCAGGAUUUAUCUCCCUGGACUAUCUGGAGUGUGAUGAGAAGUGUGAAGAUUUCCCAGACUCCCCCCGGCCUCUGAGUGAGACCAGGAACCUCACGGCUAGUGAGCUGCUGCUCAACAACAUGUUUGAUAACGAGGAAAUUGAAGAGUCUGAUAAGUUUUUCCAGUCUCUCCCGAGGCACCUGAGACUGGUGUUUGCCCUGUACAACACCAUGGUGUCGAAGUCAGAGAUGCUGUGCUACUUCGUGAUCAUCCUGAACCACAUGGUGUCUGCCUCCCUGCUCAGCCUGAUCCUGCCCAUCCUUAUCUUCCUCUGGGCCAUGCUGUCUGUGCCACGCCCAACCAAGCGCUUCUGGAUGACUGCCAUCAUCUACACAGAGCUGAUUGUGGUGGUCAAGUAUUUUUUCCAGUUUGGCUUUUUCCCCUGGACUACCUCGGUCUACCGAGGCAUCAAUGCAGAUCGGCCCUUUGCUCUGCCCAACAUCAUUGGGGUAGAGAAGAAAUAUGGCUAUGUUCUCUUUGACUUGAUUCAAAUGCUGGCUCUGUUCUUCCAUCGCUCCAUUCUGAAGUGCCACGGUCUUUGGGAUAACAAAGAGGUGGAGAUGCCGGACUUCUUCAAGAAGUUAAAGAAGAAGACGGAGAAGAUUAAGACGAGUGGAGGAGAAAAAAAAGGGGACGAGCCGAAGCAAAGACUGCCCUGCCUCCCUCUCCCGGCCUCGACUGCGUCCUUGUUUUGCAGAUGUGGAAAAGCCAACUCCACUGAGACAAACGGUGAUAUGCGGCUCACAAAGCGCCACUCCAAGAAGAAGAGGCACCACAAUAAAGUUCCCCUGACCAGGAAGGAGAGCAUCAAAAAGCUGAUUAGAGAAAGGAUGCUGGAGGCUAAAGCUGCUAUCAUUGAAGUUGCCCUGCAUAUAUACCUACCCAUCAGGCAGUUCUUCUAUGACAUAAUUCACCCAGAGUGCAGCCCAGUGUGUGACGUCUACGCUCUCAUGUUUCUGAUUGACGUGGUCAACUUCAUUGUCAUCAUAUUUGGAUACUGGGCGUUUGGGAAACACAGUGCUGGUGUUGACAUCACAGAUGCUCUUGGGGAGGACCAGGUCCCAUCGGCCUUCCUGGUCAUGCUGCUCAUCCAGUUUGGCACCAUGAUAGUGGACCGCGCUCUGUACCUCCGCAAAACCCUAAUGGGAAAAUGUGUCUUCCAAGUGGUGCUGGUGUUUGGUAUCCACUUUUGGAUGUUUUUCAUACUCCCUGGGGUGACUGAGAGGAGGUUCAACAUGAACCAGGUGGCACAGUUGUGGUACUUUGUGAAGUGCAUCUACUUUGGCCUCUCGGCCUACCAGAUCAAGUGUGGCUACCCAAAUGGUGUGCUGGGAAACUUCCUGACCAAGAACUACAACUACCUCAACCUAUUCCUUUUUCAAGGGUUCCGCCUGGUUCCGUUCCUCAUAGAGCUGCGUGCCGUGAUGGACUGGGUCUGGACCGACACCACCCUCAGCCUGGGCAGCUGGAUCUGUGUCGAGGACAUUUAUGCCAACAUCUUCAUACUCAAGUGCUGGAGGGAGUCGGAGAAGAAAUACCCACACAUCCCAGGGCAGAAGAAGAAAAUGGUGGUGAAGUAUGGAAUGGGUGGCUUCAUCAUAUUCUUCCUCAUCAGCGUCAUCUGGUUCCCCCUCCUCUUCAUGUCAUUGGUCAAGUCAGUGGCUGGAGUGACCAAUCAGCCUCUAGAUGUCUCUAUUCAGCUCAGCAUAGCAGGAUAUGAGCCACUGUUCACAAUGAGUGCCCAGGAGCAGAACCUGGUGCCAUACUCAGUUGCAGGCCUCAACCGGCUCAACAACCUCUAUGCCACUCACCCAUCAGCUAUGCAGUUCCUUGGGAACUACAUGGCCGAGGACAUUGUCAUUGCAAAGAUCAAGAGUGAUGCCAGUCUGCUGUGGAGCAUCAGCCCUGCCAGCCGUGACGCUAUGAUCCAUGAACUCAGCAACUCCACCCAUAUCUACAUCACCUUGCGAUGGGUACUACUCAGGAAUGCGUCUCUGUCGAUGAACGUGGAGACCGUGGGGGAACACACUGUGAAGUAUGAGGACCGGGCCCUGAGGGAUCAGAUAGUUCAGAUGCUUAAAGGGACACGCAGUGACUCUGUGAUCAUUGAGUCUCUCCUGCCCAAGUUCCUCAAGGGUUCCGGAGGACCUGUGUCCAAGAUGGCCACCCGUCUGAAAGUAGAACACUCGGAUCGGCCUGAGGACCUGCAGACUUUUGCUUUCUUCUGGCCCCUGUCCAUCAAACUACAGCGCGCAGAAGACAAUGGAAGUGCAGAGGGGGGUCAGUGGUGGAUUGUGGAGCAAUGCACUCCUGGACAGGGGCACGUCCAGAGCAGCUGCCACAAGCUUGAGAUAGUGGUGUUCAACGACAAAGUCAGUCCCCCCAGCCUGGAUGCUCUUGCAGGACAGGGAAUCGUGGGCCUGUACAUGUCUGUGGUGCUGGUCGUCGGGAAGUUUGUCAGGGAAUUCUUCAACGGGAUAUCCCGCUCCAUUAUGUUUGAGGAGCUGCCGUGUGUGGAUCGAGUGUUGAAGCUCUGCACGGACAUCUUUGUUGUGCGAGAGACUGGCGAGAUGGAGCUGGAGGAAACACUGUUUGAGAAGCUCAUCUUCCUGUAUCGCUCACCGGAGACCAUGAUCAAGAUUACCAGAGAGAAGAGCGACUAGAGAGCAUGAUGACAUUUGUUAUGAAGAGGACGAUUUGGCUUUUGGUUCUUAUCUGGGGUGUAUUCAUCACGCCGAUUCUGUUGCAAAAUGUUUGCAACAGAAACCGUUCAUUCAAAACAGAAAGUUUCAAGACAAAUUCAGGUAGGUCCCUCCCUGUUUCGUUUAAGAACCAAACAGCUUCCAUUGCAAGAUGUAAUGAAUACACCCCUGGAGUUGCACUUUUGAUUGUAAAAUGCAUGCAUUUUUCAGUGACUUAUGAUUUUACGACCAUAGGCCAAUCAGAAGUGUUCCUAAUGUUAAACAAUUUAAUUUAAGUUUAGUUGCAACAUCAUAGAUACAAAUGUCUUGUAUAAUGCUGAUAGAAAUACAUUAUGUAGAACAGACCUGCUUCUCUCUCAACAUUCUGUAACUUUACACACUGAACACGACCCUGUUUCGCUCCACUGAAAAGCUAAUCUAAAAGUAUUCAUUCUCAUUUCACACUGUAGUUCAUGUACAGCAUUUAAUUCAAUAAAUAAAAUAUUUGAACUACAAGGCCAAGUUCAGAGCUUUUAGCCUACUUUUACAUGUGUUCACUUUUUAUGAGCCACUCACAGUUAAUGUUGCCAGGUAAGGCAUGAGUUUAUCAAUCUAGCAGACAA